GGCUCUUCUGAGCAGCUAUAAGGGGGCGGGAGCUGCCGAGCUGCCUGGAGAGGAGGCUCCUGGUCCGCUCCAGCCGCCCCGCUCCGUCUGCACUGGGGACGCUCAGAGGUGCUGCGGUGGGGCUGGUUGCUGCUGUCUGACAGCUCCUCAAAGACUGUGAAGAAGAGAUUUAGCUGUUCGUUGGCCUUUCGUUAAAGGGAUGGGUCUUGCGCCUUUGCUCGCAUGAGUAAGGCUGCAGAAUGAGGUGCCAGGAAGACAACUAGGUUUCAGGCCAGUCUUUGGCCACGUGAAAAUCAAACUGGAUAUUUUUUUUAAACAGUGCAUGAGUUCUAGAAUACAGAGAGGCAGGGAAGGAUGGGCUUGUGAUUAAGGCACUGGACUGGGAGAUGGGGGUUCAGCGGCUGCUCUUCUGCAGACUUCCUGUGUGAUGGAGGUGCUGGGUGCUAAGUGCCUUUGAUGAUCUGUAUUAAGAGGCUUGUCCAAGGUCACAAAGAGAGACAAUGGCACAGCUGGGAAUUGAACCUAGGUUUUCUGUGUCCCAGACCAGUGUGUUCACCAGAAGACAUCCUUCCUCUUUUAAGCAGCAGUGUACAAAUCAGCACCCAAACUAGUUUCCAUCCUGUGGCUACCCAACCUAAAGCUCCAUGACAAGUGAAUGAAUGACCUCAAGGAAUUGAUAGAACCAUAAAUGAGAGCCUGGUGGCUACAGUCCAUGACCCUGAUGAGACAAAGAGCUCUUUGAAAUGCCCUGCACUGGAAUUACACCCUGGGAGCAGAAAGGUGUUAAUGCAAUGGAGACCAGCCAAUAGCAGAGAGAGCAAAUGCCACCAGCAUGGAAGAUGAGUAAUGCUAGAUUGUGUGGCUGCUAGACAGCAUGGCCUAGGAUCAUGACUUUGUUCUUGUCCUGUAUUUGACUGAGUGAGAUUGCCACGAUGCAUUAACUGUAUUUGACUCAUUACUACCCAGUUAUGCUUGUAUCUACUGCAGAAGAAAAGAAUGCAAACCCUUGGUGAUGGUGGGAGUGGUAUAUUGAGACCACAGUCUACUAUUCUACACAUUUUUCAGGUGACAUUUUAGCAGGACUUAGGGUAUAUCUUCAUUGCAAAGUAAAACCUGCAGCACUGAGUCUCAGAGCUCGGCCAAUUGACUUGGGCUCGUGGGGUUUGGUUUGUGGGCCUAAACAUAGCAGUGUAGACAGUUGAACUCAGGUUGGAGCCCAGGCUCCAAGAGUCACCACUCCCUCGCUAGAUUUCAGAGCCCAGGCUCCAGCUUGAAUGGAACAUGUACACUGCUAUUUUUGGCCCCAUAAGCCAAAAUCAAUUGAUCUGGGCUCUGAGAUGCUGCACCAGGGGUUUUUCUUUAUGGUGCAGAUGUACCUUGAGGCUCUUAGAACUUUGUGCUAGUGCUCUCCUGGGCUAAAAAGACAGACGCUUUUGACUAGCACUUCCCUCCCUUUUAAUGGUGAUAGCACUAGGCCAUAAGAUGGUAACAGUGUUGUGUUCUGAACCUUUUUGUGGGUGUAACAAUAAAUAACAUGUAUAAAAUAUAAAUUUAAAGUUAGUCACACCUACUAAUGUAUUCAGGGCUAACUGAGGCUUUUUAAAGCUAUUUUACAAUCCUAGCAGAUGACCAAGAUCGUAGUUUACUAUUUGUGAUCAUUCUGUCUUAUAUUCAGCAGAGAGAGUGGUCUAGUCAUGAGAGCAUAGAAAUGGAACCAGGAAUUUCUGCCCCUUGCUCAGAUAUUAUCUCACUUAAACUCUUUGUUCCUUUUUCCCCACCUGUGAAAUUGAGACCAUACUUACCCACUUCAGGCAUGUUGUGAAAGCUGAUAAGUUACAAACAUUAACAUGCUUUGACGGUGGAAAGGACUGUACAAGUGCCAAGUAUUUUUAUUCCUUCCCUUCCCCAAUUAGACUAACUCCAUUUCAGUGUCUCCUCCUCCCAUGGGUCAUGGCUGCCAAAAGUGCCCUUAGCUGGUCAACCAUGGCACUGUUGGUGCUCCCUGCCUCAGUUUCCUUCCCUGAGAUGGGUCCCCUCAGCUCUCCACAUACCGGUCUGUGCUGGAGAUGUGGUUUAGCCUUCUGGCAAAUUGAUUUAAAAAAAAAACAAAACACUUAAUCCCUUCUGGAGUAGCAAAAGUCAAAACUCUUGUUUUGUUUUUUGUUCUGCCAUGGAGGCUUCUCUUCAGCCCACCCUCUGGAUCCUGUUCUCAGGGCCUGUUUCUGGGAUAGAGCACUUAGCUCCCAGGCUGGUUCUCCUAGAGUACCAUGCUCAGGGCCUUCCUUGGGAACCUGCCUGUUCCCCGUGGUUCCAUUCUCCAAAAUGAGCUUUCUCAGCCCUCUUGUAAGGCCCAGGUAUCCAUUAACUCUCACCUGACCCACUUUAAUCCAGCCCCUCUUAGGGUAGGAAGCAACUAAUUAAUUAUAGCACAGGUGUGUCUGGGCCAAUCUCCCCUUAAAGGUGCCUGUGAUACCUCCCCAUUCUAACUGUGGUUCCUAUGUUCCAUUGUUCAAUUAUCUUGGGUAGGAAGAGUAGGCAGUUAACAGCGGAGAUCACCAUGACCGUUUCCUCUAGGUUUUGUCUAGACAUUGUUUAUGCAUCCCUUUUGGUUGAGACACUCCACUGGCUGCUUUUUUUCUGACUAAUGGUGCAGUACAGAGCCAGUGCUGCUAUCUUAGGGGUCAGUCAGAAAUGAGAUCUGAAUUGGCUUUAGGGUAUGGGGGAGAGAGGGACAAAACAGCCUGUUAGUAUAUUCCCUGCCGUUCCUGCAGAAAAGAAGAGAUAAAGUUACACUCUCUCUCUUACAUGUAUGAUUUUGAAAGCAAUCAGAAUGAGAAGCCAGACACGGCUGCUGUAUAAACCUUGGAAAUAAGGGUUUGGUUCUUUGCCUUGGAAUCCAGCUGCAUUUGGCCCAAGUAGGAGCACAUUUUGUCUCCUGCUUUCCUGCUCUUGGAUGGCAAGGUGUUGGCAAUGGCAGGGAAGAUGUGUUGGAUACACUUUUCAGAAGAGCCGAAGUGACUUAGGUCCAUGUGAAUCCGCCCUUUGCCUCUACCAGAAUCUCUUCCUCUGAAGCCAUCACCAGUGUGUGGAGCCUGCCCCACACCCAUCACCUACCAAACCACGGCCUUUACCUGUGUCUUCCGCUGUUUUCCGUGCGACCCUUCUUGCGGGAGCGCCUCCUGGGCUACCCCAGAGUUUACGCAACAUUCAGUGGCUCCAAUGGUGAAGAUGACGAGGUCCAAGACUUUCCAGGCAUAUCUGCCUUCAUGCCACAGAACCUAUAGCUGCAUUCACUGCAGGGCUCAUCUUGCCAAUCACGAUGAACUCAUUUCCAAGUCCUUUCAAGGAAGCCAAGGGCGAGCAUACCUCUUCAAUUCAGUAGUGAAUGUGGGUUGCGGCCCCGCAGAGGAGCGGGUGUUACUAACAGGAUUACACGCAGUUGCAGACAUUUAUUGUGAAAACUGCAAAACCACACUGGGCUGGAAAUAUGAACACGCUUUUGAGAGCAGCCAGAAGUAUAAAGAAGGCAAAUACAUCAUCGAACUAGCUCACAUGAUCAAGGAUAAUGGCUGGGAUUGAAAGGGAAACGCCCAGCCAAACCAGCGUGUAAGAGAAUGCCAUCCAACAGAACAUUAUAUCCAAGAGUGAGAGAGUGAUCGAACGCUUGGUUCCAUGCAUUUAGAGGCUCUGCCAUUUGGGAGCAUCUUCACACCCUUCUCCAUCUUUAUUGGUGACUGGCCUCUAAAUUACUGUCUCUCCGUCUCUUUGCUUUUUAUCUGUUUGUGAAUUGACCCUGGCUGCUUCUCUCUAUGUUCUGGCGUUGGCUAAGAGAAUGCACCAAAUGCCUGACAGCAUUCCAUGUUUAUGAAUGUCAAAGUACAAACUGAAGUUGGCUCUUCAUUGGCAUUUUAUCAGAGGGUCUCAGUGCGGGAGGGAGACCAGAGUUUUGGGCAGGAGGAGAGAAGAAGGGGACGGGGGCAGGAGGGGAAGUAAGCAGGAACAAAACUGCUUUUCCUUUAAGUCCUGGUAACCAAGGUUUGAAACUAUGGACAGAAAUAUACCUCAUGACUGCAUUCUCUCUGAAUCUCGAACCUGCUGUUCCAGAGGCAGAGCUCCAGAUUAAGCUGGCUGAGCACAACUUGUAACCAAAAGCCCCUUGCUAGCUAAUUCCUGAAACUGAUGUGCAAUUCCAUCUUUUGAUAGGUUGUUUCAUACUAUUCACACAGUCGCCUUUUGUGAACUUAUUGUUGUGGAGCUUGAUGGCUAGAGAGAUUCCCCAAGCUCUCUCCUUCUGCUUCUCCCUCCUCCUCCUCCUGUUUCAUAGCGGAUGGGCAAACAGUCCCAUCAGAGCAUGGUUACGAUCUCAGCAUUGCUGAGGAAACAAAAUUCUGAUCCUGGGCAACUGAGGGGAGGAGUCAUCGAAUCAUGUAAUGUAGUGGGGAUGGUGCUGCAGUUUAGAAGAUAUGACAGACAUGCAAGAAUAUGGGCAUGUGCUAGGAAAAUGGGGAGAGGGCUGUAGGCAAACCCAGAAACAUAUGAUGCCAGCUUAAUUUUCCAAUCCUUACUGUGUGCCAUUAGGGCGAAUCUGUUUACCAUUGGCAAUGUUAUAGCUUGGGAUCCAGUCAUCUUAAUAUGUAAUGGGAAAAUGGCUUUAAUAGGCGCUCUAAAAUUUCAGACUCCAGCCAUCAGCUCCACUCUUUGAAUCCAUCAGAGAUGUCAUGGAACAGUAAAUGGCUCUGGUGGCUGUUUAAUAUCAUAUUUCACAGGUGGCUAUUUCAAGCCCUGAUGUAUCCCUCCCAACCUUGACUCCUGGCUUUUUAAAAAACCUGUUUCAUACUCUGGAAGACUGAAACUUAGCAUUCCCCAAAUGGGGUAGCCUCGGAGUUGUAGGGGGAGAAGAGGUUUUGACAUCUAACUGCAGCGGACAAGUCCUACUUUAAUUUAUGUAAAUUAAUUUUUAUGGACCAUCUUUAUGUUGUUGGUGUGGAGAGGGGGAGAAUAUGUAUGAAAGAAGAUAGUAUACACAUAAAUGACAGUGCAAAGCUUCCUCUACAACAGUCCAGUCAGUAUCUGGUGCAGAACACAAGACUAUUUAACUGAAUUAGUAUUAUCCAUUGAGUGAAUUCUUUUUGUUUGUGGAAUUCUUUCGAAGUAGGUUAAUUCUCUGGGGAAAAUCCCUCUCAAUCCAGGGAGUGAAAAAUAAUGUGCAGGGGUUCAUAGCUCCUUAUGAAAUUGAACCUUCUGAUGAUUAGAACCUAAUGCCGCCUUUUUCUCCAAUAUUCAGGUUAGCAGAGUUAAGAGGAUUUCAAAAUCACAUUUGCUGGUAAGUGGGGGAGUGUCGGGGGGAAUGCAGAGAGAGAGAGACUAGUUAGAAGUGGGAUUAGACUUCUAUGUUCAGUACUAGUGAUUAAAACCUGAAUAGCUCAUGUGAAAAAUGGGUGUUUUCUCUCCUGCUCACUAGAUGAGUGUGGGAUCCAUGGCAUCACUGGUAACAUUUGGUUAUUACCCAGAAAUAGGUGACAAGAUGGAGACUGAGUGUUACUUCUGGAAGGGAUGUACCAAAUGCCUUCUUUGGCCAUUGAGUUAGGAGGUGGCUUCUGCCUUCACCCUAUCUGAAGUGAAUAACAAGACCACUUCAUCUUUGACUUCUGAUAGACUCUACUUCCAUCAUCUUCAUUCCACUCCAUCACCGCUAUCUUCAACGAAAAGAAUUCCUCAGUACCCAUUAGCUUGUUGACUCUGGGAUUGGCCUUCUCUUCAUUGCCCUUUCCACUCUACGUUUUGUUGGUUUUGGCCAGUAAGGAGUUAUUUGCUUUCUUUGAAAAGCUCUUAUCUUUCCUUGAAAACAGUCGUUAAAGGGAUCUGAUCUGAAAUUGGAGAAAUAAGGGAUAACCCACAAUAGCUUGUGUGCAGAUGGGAUACAGAGCCAUACCUAGACUCUGCUAAUCUUCCCUGAAUGAGUAUAAUUUUAUGCACUACAAUGAUAGCCAACAAAAAGCCAACAUGCUUAUAAUAAUCCUCCAGUAUUCAGUCUCAAAUACUGCAGCGUUACCCCUAUAAAUUGUAAUUUUUUGCAUCAUUAGUGUAGGAUUCACUGUACCUCUUAAAAAUUAAGAGCACAGAAUAGUGUCAGAUGCAACCGUUUUUAUUCUUUGUGUACUAAGAACAAGAAGUAAUAUCUCAGAUGGCAAUACGCAGUAACAAUUUACAUAAAUUGCAUUUUUAUGGCGACCACUGUAAAUUUGAAUAUUUGUGGCCAGAUCCUCAGUUAAUAUAAAUUGGCUUAGUUUCCUUGACUUCCGUGGUGCUACACCAGUUUAAAUCAGUUGAGGAUCUGGGCCCAGAUCCUCAAAUCCCUGUAUGCAAAAUACGCAAUUGCACGCAUACGUGCACACGCAGGCACGCACUUGACUAUAGGUUGAUUUUUAUACACUGUACAAAGAGAUAAGUAAAAAUGGCCUCCUAGGCUCAUUUAAUAUUUGUUCUCCCUCAUGUCGGCUAAACCUAAAGUGCUUCUUAUGAUGUAAGGUCCACUGUUAACUCAUCUGUGACCUGCUGUAUUAAGACAUAUGAUAGUAUUGGGAGUUGAAAACAGAGUGAUGAAAUUUAUAGGCUAUAACAAUCAGGGCAUUCUCAGUUGAUUAGUUGCAAAACAAUAGAUUCAGAACAUUGCUAAAGAACCACACCACUUGCAUGUCAUUGGUCGAGUCAGUUAACAGUAGCCUGUUAGUUACAUCGAAGGAUGGGCAAGGCAUGCCCUUCAUUUCCAAGGUGGAGCUGCAGUUCAGAGAGCGAGCAUGUCCCAGCAUCCACUGUCCAGAUCAUGGUGGAGCACUGCAUACUGGGAUUUGUAGUCUCCAUGAAUGGCAGCCUCAGCAAAAAUGAAAACUGCAAGUUUUGCUCCAUUUUCUGCCCCCCUAACUCCCCUCCCCCUUUAGUUUCUAGCAAGCUGCCGCCAAGGCCUUUUGGCAGUGCAAAUUCUGGGCACCCCUGAGUUUACAUCACAGCCAGUGUACCCCAAAGCUAAACUUUGGUAGGUUUAAAAUGUUUUGCUCAGGCAGAUUAUUCUGUGUGGAAUCGUGACCCUGUAAUAAAUAUUCAGAUGAUAAUAUAUACAGAACAUAAUAAGCAUUAUCUUGUGAAAUAUACUUUUGUAAAUAAUAUUUAAUUUUUUUAAAAAAAUAAUAUAUUUGGUGCUGUUUUCUCAGAACCCACCCCUGAGAGCACUUUUUUUGUUUUGUUUUUAAAUUAUACUGUUUCCUCUGUCUUAGUUGGAAAAUAUGCUUAAAGGGAAACAACAAUCAUAAAUAGCUGUUUUCUUAAGUUGCUACACUUUUCACCUGGACAAGGCAGAAAAAGGACGAAUAACCUCUAGUUCCAUCCGGCAGAAAUUACCUCCUAUACAGGCCAUUGCCAGGUUACAAACAGGCCCCCAAUUCAGGAAGGUGCUGAAGCAUGUGUGUAACUUUAGGCACAUCUGACUGCACAUGUUUUUAAAGGUAUUCACAUGCUUCAGUACCUUCCUCAGUCAGUGCCUGAGGCCCCUCACUUGCAAUUAGAUCCACUUGGGAAGACCUUAAUUCCUAUAUGGAGUCUCUUUAAUGUCAGUGGGGCUCCGUGUAAGUGCAUAGAUCAGCCUAAGUCAAUCUGAUUGCAGGAUCUGGGCCUGAAAUAUUCUUUUGCACCAGUAUUGGCUAGAAUGAAAUAAAUAAUGAAGAUUUAGAAUGUGGAAGUGAAUUUAAGUUGCAAUCUCAGAAUCUUUAUUUCCCAUUGCUUGGGGCAAUGGAGGGUAGGGGACGGAGAAUUCUAACUAAUCAGGAAUUCUGAUUUGCUUUGCAUAUAUUUUUGGAUGUGGAUCCUGGUUUUAAUUUUGUUUUUAAUAUAAAUAAACCAGGCUGCUACAUAAUGAAUUAAAGUAAAAGUUUACAUCUCUGGCAGUAAAGUUCUUUCCCCUCUCCUCUUUGCCUUUUUUUCCUUCCCCUCUCCCCCUUAAUUUUUAUUUCAUUGGUCUUCUUGUUUAUCUCAAAGUGGACCAACAGCACAAAUCAUUAGACUGCGUUUUGUUGAGUAAGGAGCUAUUUGCCGUGCUGAGUAACUGUUGCACACACUUUUAUUUUCUCUUUUUGGUGCACACAUUUUAAAGGCAACAAAACCUGCACGUGGACUCUGUGGUUCUUGUGAGGAUCAGCUAAGAAUUUUCUUUUUAUGCAUUUUCCUAAUUGAUACGUGAGUGUAUUAAUCAUGCAUUUCAUUUCUAUAUGAACCAGUUCUUGGACAAGUAUCCUGUUGGAUAAACAGAUUUGAAAUGCAGAGCUCAGCUAAGUAGUAAGAGCUUUCCUUGCCAGAUGAGAGGCCUGAGAAAUGGAACGUUCAGAAACAAAAAUGUUACGCAUUGAUUUGGAAGAAUCCUGUUUUAAAAGAACAAACAGGAAGGGAAAAUAAAAUCACAUUUAAUAUAAAACAAAAAAAAUUGACAUUUAAAUGCAAGCAGAAUGAUGUUGUGUAAGGUACAAUCACAAAUAAGCUAUUCUUGUAGUUACAAACUGUACACAUCCUUUGUUUUGUUUUUCAUAAAGAAAUGGGAAUGCUUUCCCACUGACAAAAUGAAGAGACAAUAUUUCCAAUACCAGCCUGUCUAUUGAUGCUCUUGUGUUUACAAACUGUGUAUACUUUUAUUUCUUUGUUUUGAUUUAACUAUAUUUUUGGCAUAUUGUUUCAGGUCAUAUUGCUUCGGUAAUAAAUGCAAUUGUUUUGUUUUUAGAUAAUUUGUAUUCACCUCUUUGUGUCUUUGUACAUUGUACAUAGUUCUUCAGUAUUAGAGGGAGGCAUACUGUUUGUCAGAUUUACAAUAUGUGUUGGUGCUCAUUUGAGAAAAUAAAGUUUUCAAAUAUUAAAA